GCAUCAUCCUGUGAUAUUAAAAAGUAGGGGAGGAGAGAGAGAUAGAGGACCAUAGAUAUAGUUCCCAAAGAUUUCCCAGAUUUCCCUGUCAAUAUUUUAUUACUCUUCAACACUGUUUACCCUCCCAGAUUUAUUCUCUUUAUAAUUACCCCUGUUUCCUUCAUUCUCCUCUCUCUAAAGCAACCUUCAACGCAACUCCACUGCCCUGCCCCCAUCUCCCCUCUUACUCUUUUCUCUUAGACCCAUUUAGUUUAGUUUUCCUUCCUCUUGGGCAAGCUCAUCAGUCCUGUAUUGCAAUCUGAAUUCAAACUGAUGAAGAUCCAAUGUGAUGUAUGUAACAAGGACGAUGCCUCGGUGUUCUGCACCGCCGACGAGGCAGCUCUCUGCGACACCUGUGACCACCGAGUCCACCAUGCCAAUAAGCUCGCUUCCAAACACCAACGCUUCUCUCUUAUUCACCCCUCAUCAAAACAAUUCCCUGUCUGCGAUAUCUGUCAGGAGAGAAGAGCUUUCUUGUUUUGUCAGCAGGACAGAGCCAUUCUAUGCAGAGAGUGCGACCUUCCGGUUCAUGCGGCCAAUGAACACACCCAGAAGCACAGUAGAUUUCUUCUCACAGGGGUCAAGCUCUCUGCUACAUCUACGCUUUACACAUCUUCAUCCCCGCCCACUGCAACAACUAGCCUUAAAUCUGCUGACGCUACUGUUACUGAUCCAAAGCCUCAACCUUUAAUAAAAAAGUCUGUUUCUACUGCCUCCCCUGCAAUUUCAAACCCACCUUCCAUGUCCAAGAACUCAACUUUAACCACCAACACAGCCAAUAGCAAUAAAGGUGGUGGAAUAUUCGUAGCUCAUGACGGGGUUGGUUGUGGUUCAACGAGUAGCAUAUCAGAGUACUUGAUAGAGACGCUUCCGGGUUGGCAUGUUGAGGACUUUCUUGAUUUUUCUUCUGGUCCCCUUGGUUUCUGUAAGGCUGAUAAUGAGACGGUGUUGCCGUUUAUGGAUGCUGAUCUUGAAAGCAAUCUGAGCUCUUUCUCAUCAUCAGAACAUAUGGGAAUUUGGGUUCCUCAAGCACCAAAUCCUCUGCAUCAAUACUCACAGAUGGGUGGUGAGCUCAUUGGAUUCAAUAAGGAUGGCACAAACAUGAAAGCCAACAACAGAACGUGGAGGGAUGAUAGCUUCACAGUUCCUCAGAUCAGUCCUCUAUCUGUUGGCUCCAAGAGGUCCAGACCUUUUUGAUAGCUUCACAGUUCCUCACAGUUCCUUGGAUCUUUUUGAAGUUAAUCUAAACAUGCGGAUGGAAUUUUUAUUUGUCUUUUUUUGCGAUUUACUUAGUUGGAUCCUUUUUUCCCCACUUGUUGUAUGAGCAAGCAUUUGAAGCCUUCAACAACCCAGUUGGGGUGGGGGGUUUUUACUUCAGCUGGAUCGGUCCCUUCUUCUCUUGCCCUUGUACUUGUUGCAGAAAGCAAAUAUCAUUGUAAAUAUCAACUGCAGUUCAAUUCUUGGAAUAUGUACGAAAUUUGGAAAGUGGGGAAAUUUUACGUGCAA